ACAUUAGCACCGAUGAAAUAAUCGCACAAGUUGUGCUCUUCUUUCUUUCCGCCUACGACACUACCACCACUGCCAUCAGCCUGACCACCUACCUCCUGGCACUGCAUCCCACAAUUCAGGACAAACUUCACACUGAAAUUGACCAGUUUUUGCAAAACCUUCAUCAUCAAAACUUGCACCAAGAUCAAGAUCAGGAGUAUUCCACCUCAAAAGCCCUCUCCCUGGUCACCUUUGACUCUCUGGCUCAGCUGCCCUACCUGAACGCAGUUCUCAGUGAAUCUUUGCGCCUUUAUCCUCCUGGAACGUUUACCGAGAGAAUGGCUUCCAAAGAUUUACUAGUUCAGGCGGAAGAUAGAGAAAAGCAGUUUGAGGUGAAGGCGGGCGACAUUAUUCGCAUUCCUAUUUACGCGUUGCACUUGGACGAGAAGCAGUGGCCAAGUGCAAGCACUUUUGACCCAAGUCGAUUUUUGUCUGGCUCUAGUGACCUAGCCACUUAUCACAAGUACGCCUAUCUCCCAUUUUCCCAGGGUCCGCGAAACUGUGUUGCUCGUUCGUUGGCCCUUUAUGAGUCAAAGAUUGCAUUGCUUCAUCUUUUUGCUAAUUAUCAAGUAAAAACAUGCGCUGAAACGGACAUCCCGGUAAAGUUCUAUAACAAUGGCCAAGUACUGACGCCCAGAGAUAUUCGGCUCAAGUUGGAGAAACGAUAG